GGGAGGCCGCGGGAGGAGCGACUGGGCCCAGCCUCUCAUGGCUGCCGGUGAGGCGCCUUGGGCUCCGCGGUGCCUGCUAGGCCUCUUAAAGGGGCCGCGCCCCAUUUUCCCCGGACCACGUGCUCCCUGCGCGGACCCCCUACCGCACCCCCCUCAAGCUCUCCAAAGGGGCUGCCUAAGGGAGCUGCAGAGGAGGUGUCCCGGGGCUCCGAUCUCCGCGUGGGGGGGGGGCUUCCCCCUCCCGUUCCUCUUUUGCAAGGAGGGGUGCGAUGUGGGGAUGGGACGCCUCUCCUUCCUCUGCGUGGCCCACCCAAAAGAGGGGUGGUUGGCACUUCAGGGUGAAAAGGCUCAGCUGCAUCUCCCCGCAUUCGCCCUGCUCGUUGGGGCCGAGGGAAGAGGGACCCCGGCCUCUGAGGGGCUGCAGGAGGCCCCGCGUCGCCUCUUGAACAACAGAGGGGGAGACGCCUUGGGCCGGACCAGGCUCUUUCGCUUGCUGGCCCAGCUGGGACUCCUCUCCUGGGGCUGCGAGGGGCAGCUCCAUGUCUCUGGGGAUCUUCUACGUGCAAAGCGGGGGCUCCACCGUGGAGCCAAGGCCCAGCCCCUGGAAAUAGACAGGCGGCUAGAAAAAAAGCUGAAGAUCACGCAGAAGGAAAGCAGGAAAUCCAAGUCUCCCCCUAAAGUGCCCAUUGUGAUCCAGGACGACAGCCUUCCCUCGGGGCCGCCUCCGCAGAUCCGGAUCUUAAAGCGGCCUACGAGCAACGGGGUGCUCAGCAACCCCAACUCUGCCAGCCGGCCAGCCCUCCCGGUGAAGACAUUGGCACAGAGGGAGGCCGAAUACGCCGAAGCCCGGAAGCGGAUCCUGGGCAGCGCCAGCCCGGAGGAGGAGCAGGACAAGCCCAUCCUCGACAGGCCCACAAGAAUCUCCCAGCCGGAGGAGGCCCGGCAACCCAGCAAUGUGAUCCGGCAGCCGCUGGGCCCCGACGGCUCACAGGGCUUCAAGCAGCGCAGAUAGGAAUGGCCGUCUGGCCGACUUGGCGGCACGAGAGCGGGCACCUCCCCCAUCCUGGGCUGUGUGGUGGUGGUGGCAGUGGACACACGAACCUGAGCAGGGGGAAACUACCCGGGUGACUUGCACUGUGAUCUCCUUCCCCCCCCCCUUUGCUCUGCCUCCUGUGCCCUUCUGCCCCUGGCACUGUGACCCCCGCCUGCCGCUUCCCCCACUGGGAUUGGCAUACUGAGAGGGCAGGGGCAGGGCAGAGCAGGCUCCUCCAGGUUGCUGGGCUUGCCCGCACAGCCACGCCUGCCAAAGCCAGCACCAGCAAUAAUAGUAAUAAUAAACGUUUGCGUCUCCGGGCGGGAUGGCAGAAGGGCCGGGCGGCAUUCUGCUUCUGGGAAUGUGCAUGUCUGUCCAGGUUGCUUGAGGAGCGAGGAGAUAGGCUCAGCGGGAGGCGUGCACAGAACUGCAUUUGUUUGCUUUCUGGGAAACGGAGGGGAAGAAGACGCCAGUGACGAAGGGGCGGGUGUGUUUGCUGUUUGGCUUGUUUUAUCUCAGAAGCGGGGAUUGGUAUAGUUCGAAGAGAAGCGAAAUGGAUUUUGAGGCGCUUCAGAUAGUAGUGGGGAAAGGUUUUAACGUGUCCGGCUUCCCCUAUCUGCUGCUGCGAAGCAGAUGGAAAGGGCUCUCAGUUGCCUGUGUGGUGGGCUUUGGCGAGGCCUCUGGCUUGGGGUGACUCGGCUUGGCCUGCACGCCUGGCCUGGAGGGCGGAGGGGCCGUGACCGGUGCCUCCCUCAACUGCUUGUGCUGCUUCCAGGCGGAGGGUGGGCAGGUGCUUUUUUGCCACUGGGGCGAUGAGUUUCCCCGGCCUUAGACUAGUUUAGUUUCCCUGCUGCUGUCCUCUGCUGAGGCCAUGAAAAGGGAUGGGGGGAAGCCCCGUGGCCUAGCAAUGCUUGUGCUGGCCGGAAACGGAAGCCGUGGCAGGCGAGCUGUGAGCCAGGAUCGUGGCCUUGUUGCUCCAGGUGUGCUUCCGGUCCUGUCCCUGGUCAGUUUGCCACCAGGGGGCAAAGGAGCUGGGCACAAGCAAUAGCUGCCGUGCGGGGCAGGGAAUGGAUUGCCUUCCCUUGCAAAGUGGGAGGGCAUCGUGCUCAGCUGCUGCAUGUCUUGCUGGGUGCAGAAAUGUGUUUUCAGACGACACCAAGUAAGACUCAGGAUGGCAAAAAGCUCUUCUGCGUUGCUUUUCUAACUCAGACAAAAUCAGUUGGGUUUUCCUCAAGCAACAAGAAGCCCCUGGUUGGGCCCAAUCCACCUGAGGCCCUGGCGUGUAGCCAGCAGCUCUAUGCAUGCUGGCCCAGGUCUGCUGCACUGUAGGUGCUCCUGAGGGCCGAAGCGGUUGGGCCUCCCCCGUCCUCUCUAGUAGCCAUAUUGGGGAGGGGCUCCCCCAGCACCCCCCUCUCUGAGUGACUGUGGGCCUGUUUGCUUCACUGUGUUUCCAGAGUCUGCCUUUCUCUCUCUCUCUCUCUCU